AUGGGGAAGGUUUUCGAUGCUGCAGAAGUGGCUAAACACAACUCUACUGAGAGUUGUUGGGUUAUUAUUCAUGGGAAAGUCUACGAUGUGACCGACUUCGUCACUGACCACCCGGGCGGUGCCAAAGUCAUCCUCAGACUUGCAGGCAAAGAUGCCACCGACGAAUUCGACCCAGUCCAUCCAGAGGGCACUCUCGAGGAGAACCUCAAGCCCGAGGCAUGUCUUGGAGAUGUUGACCUUUCAACAAUUCCCAAGAGUGAGCCCGAGCCUGCACCUCAAAGCAACGUUGAAGAAAUCCCAGUCCAAAGUCUUCUCAACAUGGAUGAGUUCGAAAAGGUGGCCACUGCCAAAAUCAGCAAGAAGGCAUGGGCGUACUAUUACUCCGCAGCCGACAAUUUGAUCACCAAGCGAUUCAACACGGAAGUAUUCCGCUCGAUCCUCCUACGCCCGCGAGUCUUUAUCGAUUGCACAGAAUGUAACAUCAGCACGAAAUUGCUGGAUAACCAAGUUUCCAUGCCGAUCUAUGUUUCCCCCGCAGCUAUGGCCCGCCUAGGACAUCCAAGCGGAGAAGCCGGCAUCGCAGAGGCAUGUCGUAGCUUCGGAGCGAUGCAGAUCAUCUCCAACAGUGCGUCGAUGACACCAGAGCAGAUCGUCACAGGCGCGUCGCCGGAGCAAUCGUUCGGCUGGCAGCUAUACGUCCAAGAGGAACGAAGCAGGAGCGAGAAGAUGAUAGCGCGAAUCAACAAGUUGUCCGCUAUCAAGUUUCUCGUGCUAACUCUCGAUACCCCCGUCAUGGGCAAGAGAGAGGAUGAUCUCCGCGGCGGCAAUGUCAUCAACGAGAUCACCGAGAUCAAGUCUCCCGAAGUUUCACAGAACGCUGAUGAGAGGGCGGUGUUCCAGGGUCUCGAUCCUACCCUCAAUUGGAAGGAGACUCUUAAGUGGAUUGCGAAGCAUACGAAGUUACCCGUUGUUCUCAAGGGUAUCCAGACGCAUGAGGAUGCUUAUAUUGCAUCAUUACAUACGCCUCAGGUCAAGGGCAUCAUUCUUUCGAAUCAUGGUGGCAGGUCUCUUGAUACUUCUCCCCCGGCUGUUCAUACUCUUCUUGAGAUGAGAAAGUACUGUCCCGAGGUGUUUGAUAAGAUUGAGGUUUUGGUUGAUGGAGGAAUUAGGAGAGGAACUGAUGUUGUCAAGGCUCUUUGCUUGGGUGCGAGGGGUGUAGGUAUCGGACGACCUGCGCUCUGGGGAUUGAGUGCUGGAGGUGUGGACGGUGUCAAGAGGACACUGCAGAUCCUGGCUGAUGAGACUAGGACUUGCAUGCGUUUACUAGGCGUGGAAAAGGUUGAUCAACUCGGGAUGCAACAUAUCAAUACCCGGUUAAUAGAUCAACAGAUCUACGAUGGGCCGUCCGGGCUCGAGUCCAUUCGAGCGGAGUUCCGAUCAAGGCUCUAG